AUGGAGACAUCAAACUCGACACAGGUGGGCCUCGUCAUCGUGUUCUUCAAGAAAGCCCCGGGCAACGGCGACGACAGCUGGGUCACACUCGGGGUUUUCGGGCAAACGGCCGACACGCUCCAGUUUGGAUUUCAUCAGCGUGCGAAAGUUGGAAAGCAGCGUCGUAUGCGAGCACGAAAGAAACCCAAAUCAAGCACGUUUCAAUCGGGUGAGUUGGCAGGCUGGCAAACGACAUUGAUGCAGAAACCAUCACAAUACCCUGCGGACGCAACGUCGACAUCGUCAACAGGCCAGAGCCUUUUAAUCGCUGGUAUGACAUUGUCCAAAAGCAUUUUCUUGUAG